UAAAUCGAUAAUUAAAUAUUCCAAGAUGGCCGACCCUUCGAAGUGUUUACACCACUUACACGUGCUGCAGCGACUUCAUAAUGCUUUAAAUAUGGGAGGUUUCCCAUCGUUUGUCCUAAAGCCGUUACAGAUUAAAUGUUUUGAGCACAUACUAAACGGAUUUGACGUCGUUGCUGUUUUACCAACUGGCUUUGGCAAAUCUCUUCUGUUUCAACUUCUGCCAAAUUUCUUGCCGACCAAAGCUGACAAAAAUAUCGUUAUUGUUGUCUGUCCUUUAAACGCAAUCAUCGAGGACCAGUUAAAGGUUGCUAAGAACAUCGGUAUUGAGGCAGAAGUUCUCCAGCUUGUUGAUCAUCGUAUGAAAGUAGCGGAAAGCUUGUUUAAAUCGGAUGAAAUGACUGCAGAAAGUGAUGAUGUAGGUGUACUUUUAAGCGACAAGAUGUUAAAUGGCGAUGUUCAACUUCUUUUUACCCACCCGGAAGCCUUAUUAAGUGAGAAAGGAAGAAAUCUAAUGAAAAGUACAGUGUUUCAAAGAAAUGUUGUCGCGUGUGUUGUAGAUGAAGCACAUUGCGUGGAAAUGUGGGGUGAUGAAUUCAGAAAAGAUUUUGGAAAUUUGUCCAUUGUCCGUGCCUUCUUUCCAAAAACUCCAUUUCUUGCACUCACAGCAACAGCACCACCACAUAUGUUGAGCAACCUAAAAAAUAGCAUGAAUUUCAACAGCUCUUGCAAAGAUGUGUCAGCUAACCCAAAUCGUAGAAAUAUAUUUCUUCAAAAGAAGAUGCGAACGAGCAAUCAGCAUAUAUAUGAAAGUUAUAGUAAUAUCCUGCUACCUAUUGCUAAUCAAUUGUCUGUUGAACUGGAAAGUUACCCCAUGACAGUGAUAUACAUGAAACUCAAAUACUGUGGUUAUGCAUAUGGGUUGUUUGAAAGAGUGUUAAAGGAGAAACAAUAUGUGGGGGAAUCUAAGGAUUCAGUUGCGAGAUUGUUUGCACAGUUCCAUGCACCCCAAACAAAUGAAAUGAAAAAGACUAUCAUAUCAGAAGUUAAGAAACAAAACUCACGGAUAAGAGUUAUAUUUGCUACAUCAGCCCUUGGAAUGGGAGUUAAUGCACCAAAUAUAGUGCAUGUUAUUCACAUUACACCUCCAAGUAGCAUUGAAUCCUAUGUCCAAGAAAUUGGCCGUGCUGGUCGUUCAGGUCAUUUGGCAAGUGCAACAUUAUAUUAUAACAAUUCAGACGUAUCAGACAAUGUGAAACACGUAGAUAAAUCCAUGAAAGAAUACUGCUUAUCACAAGAGACCUGCCUUCGGCAACUUCUUCUGAAUUACUUGGGAUUUUCAUGUGUUACACAAGAGAGAUGCUGUUGUGUUUGUGAAGAGUCAUAUCCAACAGCUAUCUGCAAUGAAUCCAUGCAAAUUAGAGAAAAGGUGAGAUUUUUACCAACUACCAAUAUAGUCAUUUUGGAAAAACUCAUUCUAAAGGAACUCUAUCAAAAUGGGGUUGACUGCAGCAAAAGUCCAAGUUUGAUGCUCAUGGAAUCUCAAAUUCCAUGCUGCGAAAACAGUCUAAAAAAGAUCAUGACUGAAAUUGAGUACAUUGGAGUAGAGACAGAUCUUCUAGAUACUUGUGGUAUCUGGAAUGAAGAGUGCUCUUCCAAAGUUUUUUCUCUCAUAUCAACAUAUGCCCCUUUAAGAUAAGGCAUUCAAAUUUUUCUGAAGCAAAAAGCCAGCCGAUCUAUCUUAAUAUUACAAAAUUGCAUUUUUAAUCAAAUAAUUCACACACAAUAGUGUGUUGAAGUUAGUUAUCACGUUUUAUACACCUUGCAUAGAUAAAUGUAUAUUUUUGUUACUUUUCUGCCUUACUGCCACUGACCUUGAUCCAGGUAGAAGUAUAAUUUUAAUGUGACAUCAACAGAUAAAAUAUUUGCAAGGCCUAACUUUUGCUAUAAAAUAAUAUAAAAAUGCACUAAAUGAAAGUCUGAAAUUACAUUUCCGUUAAUAAUAAUAUAUUACAUUAUGAUAGGAAAACAACAAGACAAUCAGUCCUUUGACUGCAUGAAGCGAACUUCUCAAUGUUUCAGUGUAAGGGCUUGUAUAUAAUUUUAGGCAGUUGGACGGCUAAUUGUCUUGUACUGUUAAAGAAUAUUGGAAGUAUUUACCAUUAUCGCUUCAG